AUGAGCCUUCGCGACCUGAUCGAGGGUGAGGCGAUCAUGGAUGACGAGGAGGAGGAAGUCGCCGAUGAUUAUGAUGCCGAUGGCCGCCAGGGCGCGGGCACCACCGGCCCCUACAAUGACUCGAGCGAGGAGGAAGAUGAAGAAGAAGAUGACGAGGAGGCUGCUCGCGCCGUCCGUGAAGGUUUCAUUGUUGAUGAGGAUGAAGAAGAAGAACGCGCCGCUCGCAAGCACAGGAAACGCCCACGCACUGCCCGCGAAGAAGAGCACCUCGAUGAAGAAGAUCUGGAGCUCAUUGGACAUGGUCCAAGUCAGCUUCGUGGACCAACCACUGAGUCAAAGUUUAAGCGCUUGAAGCGAGGCAAGGAUCGCGAGAGCCACCAGCCGUCUCAUGGUGUCGAUGAUAUUUUCAACUCAGACGAAGAGGAGGAAGCGCAACAAUAUGCUAGACCAGGCCAACGCCGUGGACUGCGCGAUGAAAUGGACGACUUUAUUGAAGAAGAUACUUUCUCCGACGAUGAGGCCCAGCGCGAACGGGAUGACCUUGGGGUUGCGCCUGCUUCCAGAGUCAACAAGACCGGCUUGAUUCCGACUGACACGUCGGGCUUGGAUGAAAAUGCACUUGAGGAUAUGCGCGCUGCAUUCGGUGAUGGCACAGAGUACGAUUUCGCACUGCAAAUGGAAGACCAAGAGGACGCGGACAAACAGACCGAAGAACGUCACCUAGACUUGAAGGACGUCUUUGAACCGUCUGAGCUGGCUGAAAGGAUGCUGACGGAGGAUGAUAACGAAAUUCGUCUCCUCGAUGAACCCGAACGCCAUCAGGUUGCUCGCAAGCCCUAUAAGCAUGUGACAUUAACCGAGGAUCAAUUCCGGGAGGAGGCAGUCUGGAUCUCGAACUUGAUGCUGCUCAAGAAGCGUAUGGAUCCUGAACUGCGCGAACCAUUCCAGCGCUCAGUCGCCAAAAUGUUGGAAUUCCUGAUCACGGACGACUGGGAAGUGCCUUUCAUUUUCCAGCAUCGCAAGGAUUACAUGAUUCACGCUGUGAAAGAGGCCAAUGACACCGAUCCCGGCGACGGCUCCGCCCAAUAUAGUAUCCGCGCUGAGAAACUUCUCAAUAUGACCGAUCUAUGGGAUAUCUUCGACCAUGAUCUCAAAUUCCGUGCUUUGGUCGAUAAGCGUGGUACAAUAAAAAAGACAUAUGAAAACCUGCAAAAUCUCUUCAAUGUGAACGAUUCAAAUGUCGAGGAUCAACUUGCUGCGGCCGCGACCAUGGAGGAGCUCCAAGAUGUGCAAGACUAUAUCCAUUUCCAGUACUCCUCCCAGCUACGGGAUCUCACCCAGGUCAAUGGCGAGGCUACUGGAGAAACGCAACGCCGGAAAGCCACUGGUAGAUCUUUCUUUGAGCGGGUUCGAAAUGGCAAGGCUUAUGGCUUUGUGCGUUCUUUCGGCAUCUCUGCAGAUGCUUUUGCUCAGAAUGCGUCCAAGGAAGGUCGCCGGAAAUACACCGACGAUCCCAACCAGCGGCCGGAAGUGCUGGCAGAUCAGUAUGUCGACAACGACUUUUCCAACAGUUCUCAUGUCCUCAAAGCCGCUAAGUCGAUGUUCGCUGAAGAGCUUGCUGUCAGCCCAAAAAUGCGCAAGGUGAUGCGUCAGGCAUACUACAUGAACGGAGUCGUUGAUUGCUUCCGCACAGAGAAAGGGCUUCGCCGGAUCGAUGAGCAGCAUCCGUACGCUGAAUUCAAAUAUCUGCGGAACCAGCAGUUAAGUGAUAUCGCUCGUCGCCCAGAGAUGUUCUUGCGCAUGCUCAAGGCCGAGGAAGAAGGACUCGUUGAUGUGCGGGUACGGUUCGAGAACUUUGAUCAGUUCCGCACACGUCUCUACGCCGACAUUGAGUCAGACAACUACAGUGAGAUUGCUGAUGCUUGGAACCGUGUUCGCCGUGAGGUGCUGGAUCUGGCCUUGGCCAAACUGGAGAAGUUGAUCAACCGCAGUGUAAAGGAAAACAUUCGACAGGAAUGUGAGAACCAUGUGGCCAAGGAGUGCCGCGAGGCGUUUUCACAACGUCUCGACCAGGCCCCUUACAAACCCAAGGGCAUGGUCUUGGGUACAGUGCCCCGUGUGCUCACUCUUUCCACUGGAUCUGGUCAGGUGGGCCGGGACCCCAUUCACUGGGCUUACACAGAAGAAGAUGGCCGAGUCUUGGAGAAUGGCAAAUUCAUUGACCUUUCCGUGGGAGAUGAAAGCCGUGGCAUUGCAGACGGUGAAAACCUGGCCGCCUUUGUGGAUCUGAUGGAUCGUCGUCGACCAGAUGUCAUCGGUGUUUCAGGUAUGACGCCAGAGACGCGCCGCCUGUACAAGCUUAUAUCCGAAAUUGUCGACCAGAAAGACAUGCGUGGUGCAUCCUACACAAAUGAGCACGAUGAGGAGGUCAGCGACCCCUUGGAGGUGGUCAUUGUCAAUGAUGAGGUUGCCCGAUUGUACCACAACAGCCCUCGCGCCAGAAGCGACAAUCCAGGCUUUGGACCCUUGACCCAUUACUGUGUGGCUCUCGGCCGGUACUUGCAGAGCCCCCUCAAGGAAUAUGCCUCCUUGGGCCGUGACGUUGUCUCCAUCCAGUUCAAACCAGGCCAGCAACUAGUCUCCCAGGACCUGCUUCUCAAGCAGCUGGAAACCGCCCUAGUGGACAUGGUAAACCUCGUCGGCGUUGAUCUCAAUGAGGCAGUCGCCGACACGGCAACAGCUAAUCUCUUGCCGUAUGUCUGUGGACUGGGCCCCCGAAAGGCGGCUCACUUACUCAAGAUUGUCAAUAUGAACGGCGGAGUCGUUAACAACCGGGUGGAAUUGCUUGGUGUCAACGCGACAUAUCCGGCUAUGGGUGUUAAAGUUUGGAACAACUGUGCUAGUUUCGUCUACAUCGACUUCGAGAAUGCUGAUCCCGAUGCCGAUCCGCUGGACAACACGCGCGUUCAUCCUGAAGACUAUGAUAUUGCCCGUAAGAUGGCCGCUGAUGCAUUGGAGUUGGACGAGGAAGAUAUCAAGGCCGAGACUGACGAGAACGGCACGGGUGCUAUCAUGCGAAAACUUUUCAGGGAAGAGGCACAGGACCGUGUCAACGAUCUCAUAUUAGAGGAGUACGCAGAGCAGCUUGAGAGAAACCUCAAUCAGCGCAAGCGUGCUACCCUUGAGACGAUCCGAGCGGAGUUGCAACAACCCUACGAGGAAUUGCGCAAGCACUAUGUUUUCCUCAGCACCGAUGAUAUUUUCACAAUGCUCACCGGCGAAACGCCUGACUCCUUAACACCUGGUAUGGUGGUGCCCAUUGCCAUUAAGCGGGUAUUUGAGGAUCACAUUGAGGCCAAAUUGGAUUGCGGAAUUGAUGUGCUUGUGGCCGAAACCGAACUCGGUGUUCCCUACGACAUCCCUGUACGCAACGCGUACCAAGUCCACCAGACCGUCCCGGCCAAGAUCUUGUUCUUGAACCGCAAGGCUUUCUCUUGCAACGUCUCUCUGCGCGAGGAUCAGGUUAGUAAUCCAACACGCCGGAACCAGGAACACGGCUUCGGCGAUUGGGAUGAGCAGCAGGAGCGAGCCGAUCGGGAGUCGCUGCAGGAGAAGACGCAGCGUGGCGGCCAAGCAAUGCGUGUCAUCAAACACCCGCUUUUCCGGCCUUUCAACUCCACCCAGGCCGAGGAGUUCCUAGGCUCCCAGAGCCCAGGCGAUGUUGUUAUUCGUCCCUCCUCCCGAGGCCACGACCACCUAGCUGUCACUUGGAAGGUGGCACAAGGUGUGUACCAGCAUAUCGAUGUUCUCGAGCUAGAUAAAGAGAACGAGUUCUCUGUCGGCCGUGUCCUCAAGGUCGGUGGUCGUUAUACUUACAGCGAUCUGGAUGACCUGAUCGUCAACCAUGUCAAAGCGAUGGCCAAGAAGGUGGGCGAGAUGAUGCUGCAUGAGAAAUUCCAAGAUGGCAACAAGACCGAGACAGAUCAAUGGCUCGAGACCUAUACCAAGGCCAACCCUCGCCGCUCGGCAUAUGCAUUCUGCAUCAAUGCCAAAUACCCCGGUUACUUUUUCCUUUGCUUCAAGGCAGGCGAACACGCGCGACUUCAGAACUGGCCGGUCAAGGUGAUUCCACAGGGCUAUGAACUGCAGAAGAACCCCUACCCGGACAUGCAUGCUCUUUGCAACGGCUUUAAGCUGAUGUUCAUGUGGCUUGUCCCCCCGCAUCGCCACAUUCAGCCGCACCCGGACCACGACGGACACAUUGCGGUUCUUACAAACCCUCACGGUGCAAUUAUGGCGGCCAUGGAAGAGCUGGAGAUUCACAGCAAGUCUUACUUUGUACGUUGGAUCAAUGUCAGCGCCAACCACACCAUCUCUUGGAGUAUUCAACCGCAUAAGAAGUCCGUCAACUUUGGCAUAUUCAAACACCCGGGCCAAUCCUCUUCUCUGAGCUCCCAUAUCCCUGCCUCGGAUUCCCAGAGCACCGAUUCCACCGAGAACCUCCCCGCAACUGCGGGAGCUGCCGGCGCGCGGCAACAAUCUGCCGUUAUCGAGAAGCUGACGGGAAUUGGGCUCAAAAUAAUCAAAUGGACGGGCAAGUGUGAGGCAGACAAGAUCACACAGGGGACAUACGAUGUACCGCCUAGCGAAGGGGGUAAUUAUGCGCUCGUUUUCGAUAACACGUUCUCCAAGCAAAUCUCCAAGACCUUGACACUUGUUCUCCUCACCUAUCCGACUGGUCUCCAGCCACAUAGCUCUGCAUCGAUCGCAACCUCACGUACUCAACCAGGGGUCUCAACCGAAUCGCUGCCGCAGUCCAAGACCCGCCGACGUGGCAACAGUCGAGCCACGCUUAACUCGCUGCACAUUGACGUGUCGAACCUAAAUGUCCACACGGGAAUACUGCAGAAGCGGCGACGUAAGCGCCACCAGGGCUGGGCACGUCGGUACUUUUCGCUGGACUUUACUUCAUGCACCCUGUCAUACUAUCAUGACCGCAACUCGUCCGCACUGCGAGGCGCGAUUCCGCUCUCGCUAGCGGCCGUUGCGACCAAUGAAAAGUCCCGUGAGAUUUCUAUUGAUUCCGGUACUGAGAUAUGGCAUCUGCGUGCGAAUAACGAGCAUGAAUUUGGCGCGUGGAAGAGUGCUCUCGAGAGAGCUUCCUCCAAGGAAGUUUCCAAGGAUAAAAACCUAGCUGUCCCUCCUGAGCUGCGUCUCUACGCCCCAACGCAGCCCUCCCCGGCGGAGGAGAGUGAAUGGACCCGUGUUGAGAGCCUUGUCAGCCAUAUUUCUGGAUCGCGAGAUGCGAUACGCCGACUUGCCAAGGAUACAGACCCCAAGUAUCUUGCCUCGCCGCUCCCAACCCCUAUCGACCGGCCCCGUUCACGUGGCCGCUCCCCUAGUCCACAGCGCAGUACCCAUGAGACUGCUCCCAGUGAAAUGGAGGCCAAGCGGUCCUUCUGGAAGCGCAAGACAAGUGGACAGUCGCAUACCGGCAGCAAGCGACCACCAGCCACGACAACAAACUCCAGUUCCUCGCAGCUUGCAGUGCCUGCUAGUGAUAGUAAGGGGAAGCCUGCCAGUAUCACCAGUCACACAGACAGCAUGGAUGAGAUCCAUGAUCAUUUGAUGGCGGUGCUACGCGAUCUUGACCAUGCGGUCUCUGAGUUUUCCACACUGAUUACCGAGAGCAAGGAGCGACGGCACCCACCUCAGCCAUCUAUGGUCCCCCGGCGGAGCAUGGAGUCUGACAUGUCGCAGGAAUUCUUUGAUGCAACAGAUGGAAACGGUGACAAGUCUCCCCUCCUGACCAUCCGUGACAGCGACGACGAAGGUCCCGAAGAGGACCGGCCCGCCUCUGCUGCCGAGGAAGUCGAGGACGACGCCCCCUCUGACAGCGAUGGUGAAUCCGAUGCGGCAGCAACUCGCCAGGAAAGCAGCAGCACAUUGGGCCUGUUCCCAGCCAAAGCCAAAUCAUUGAUUCCGCUACCCCUAGACCCCGUAAAACGUCGGGCGAACAUCCUUGCCCCAACAGUCAUGCCCCCAAGCUUGAUUGGGUUCCUGCGCAAGAACGUCGGAAAGGACUUGUCCACGAUCUCGAUGCCCGUGUCUGCAAACGAGCCCAUGUCUCUCCUACAACGCGCCGCCGAGGUCCUGGAGUACUCAAAUCUGCUUGACCGCGCUGCCCAAUGCACAGACCCCGUCGAGCGCUUGAUGUACGUAACCGCCUUCGCAAUAUCCUCCCUCUCCAGCAACCGCGUCCGCGAGCGCUCCAUCCGCAAACCAUUCAACCCAAUGCUAGGCGAGACCUACGAGCUCGUCCGCGAAGACCGAGGCUUCCGCUUCAUCGCAGAAAAAGUCUCGCAUCGGCCUGUACAACUAGCCUACCAAGCCGACAGCAAAGAUUGGAGCCUCUCGCAGUCCCCGAUGCCCAGCCAGAAAUUCUGGGGCAAAUCCGCCGAAAUCACAACUGAAGGCCGUGUCCGUAUUACCCUACACAGCACCGGCGACCGCUACAGCUGGACACCGGCAACAUCCUUCCUACGCAAUAUCAUUGCAGGCGAGAAAUACGUGGAACCCGUCGGCGAACUCGCCGUCACAAACGAAUCCUCCGGCCACCGCUCCAUCUCAACUUUCAAAGCCGGUGGCAUGUUCUCCGGCCGCAGCGAGGAAGUCUCUACCCGUGUCAUUGACGCAAACUGCAACCCCUUACCCCUCGGCUUAUCUGGCUCCUGGCCCUCCUCCCUGACUCUCACUCGCGACGGUAACCCAACCGGUAACACUAUCUGGACAGCCGGUUCACUUGUCCCCUCCGCGCCCAAGCACUACGGUUUAACAUCCUUUGCGGCCACACUAAAUGAAAUUACCUCGAUCGAGGAUAAGCAUUUGCCUGUCACGGACUCACGUCUGCGUCCUGAUCAGCGCGCACUGGAAAACGGUGACCUCGACCACGCGGAGGAGAUUAAAGUGCAGCUUGAGGAAGGACAGCGUGCGCGCAGGCGCGAGAUGGAAAAUGCUGGGGAGAGUUGGAUUCCGCGCUGGUUUACGCGGGUUAGUGAUGACUCUGAUGGGGAGGUUGCUUGGCGGCUUAAGGGUGGAAAGGAUGGGUAUUGGGACGAGAGGGCUAGGGGGAGCUGGUCUAAUGUUGUUCCUGUGUUUGAGGAUUAA